AUGGAGUUCCUUAUUGGGCUAACUGGAGAAGACUUUGUUCUUGUUGCUAGCGAUUCAACGGCUGGACGCAGUGUAGUUGUCAUGAAUGAAGCUUAUGACAAGACUUUCAAGCUUGGCGAUAAAGUCAUGAUGGCAUGCAGUGGCGAUCCCGGUGAUUCUGUUCAGUUUGCUGAGUUUGUAGCGAAAAAUGUAGAAUUAUAUAGAAUAAAAAACGGCUACUCAAUGACGCCCAAUGCUGCAGCAAAUUAUACGCGCCAUCAACUUGCUCAGAGUUUAAGAAGCUCGACACCCUACACAGUAAAUAUGUUAAUUGGUGGUUAUGAUGAGUAUGAUGGCCCGUCGCUAUACUAUUUGGAUUACCUAGCAUCGUUACAAAAGUUACCUUUCGGUGCUCAUGGUUAUGGAUCUUACUUUACUUUUAGUAUUUUGGAUAGAUAUUACAAAAAAGGAAUGUCUAAAGCUGAAGCCUUAAAGGUUCUAAGUUUAUGUCUUGAUGAGGUGAAAAAAAGAUUUAUAAUAAACUUGCCAUCAUUUAAUAUCAAAUUUAUCGAUAAGGACGGAAUUCAUGAAACAAGCUUACAAGAUAUACAAGCAUCUUAA